CAGAUGGCUUAUGCAAAACCAUAAUCUUUACACCAUACUAUAAAAAUGUCUAAACAUGUUUACUUUCUUCCAUGUCAUAAGAACUUACACAAGUUUGAUCACAUUUUUUUCUUUUACUUAGAAAAUAGUCGAAAAAAUUCGCAAAUGGGGAAUCGAAACAUUUUCCGCUCGGUUGUUUCUCUACUUCUCGUGUUCCUUUACGUCUCGACUCCAACCAAUGCUGCAGUGAAAAAAUAUCAAUUCAACAUUCAAGUAAACAAUGUGAGCAGAUUGUGCCAUGCGAAGCCGAUUGUCACGGUUAACGGACAAUUUCCCGGGCCCACAGUCUACGCCAGAGAAGGCGAUCGUGUUAUAAUCAACGUCACUAAUUCCGCGCAGUACAACAUGUCGAUUCACUGGCACGGAUUGAAGCAAUUUCGCAACGGUUGGGCAGACGGGCCCGCAUACGUGACGCAAUGCCCGAUUCAAACGGGCCGAAGCUACACUUACGAUUUCAAUGUGACGGGACAAAGAGGAACUUUGUGGUGGCACGCGCAUAUCUUGUGGCUAAGAGCCACCGUUUAUGGCGCCAUCGUAAUAAUGCCCGAGCAAGGAAAACCGUAUCCUUUUCCGCAGCCCGAUUAUGAACACAACCUAGUAUUAGGGGAAUGGUGGAACGAGGAUGUCGAGACCCUGGUCAAACAAGGAGAAAAGCUCGGUGUUCCACCGAAACUCUCGGACGCGCACACCAUCAACGGCAAGCCGGGCCCACUCUUCCCGUGCUCCGAGAAAUAUACUUACGCGAUCGAAGUCGAGCAAGGCAAAACGUACCUACUCCGCAUCGUCAACGCGGCACUCAACGACGAGCUCUUCUUCGCGGUCGCCGGCCACAUGCUGACGGUCGUCGAAAUCGACGCCGUCUACACGAAGCCCUUCCCGACCGACUCCAUCCUCAUCGCCCCCGGCCAAACAACGAACGUGCUCGUCCACGCCAAUCGGGCCCCUGGCCGCUACUUCAUCGCGGCCCGACCCUUUAUGGACGUCCCCCUGAUCUCGGUCGACAACAAAACCGCGACCGCCAUACUCCAAUACAAAGGCGUCCCGACCACCGUAUUCCCCACACUACCCAAAUUACCCUCGCAAAACGACUCCUCCUUCCCCUUAGCCUACACUUCGAAGCUCCGGAGCUUGAACUCUCCGAAUUUCCCGGCGAACGUGCCGCUGUCGGUCGACCGGCACCUGCUCUACACGAUCGGGCUCGGGAUAAACCCGUGCCCGACGUGCCUAAACGGGACUAAGAUCGUGGCCUCGUUGAACAACAUAACUUUCGUGAUGCCGAAAACCGCGCUUCUGCAAGCGCAUUACUACAAACUACGAGAUGUUUACACGGCCGAUUUUCCCGAUCGCCCCACGAUCCCGUUUAACUACACGGGGGCUCCUCUGACGGCGAAUCUUCAGACGAAUGUGGGCCCGCGGCCAAGGAUAAGUAGGAUAAAGUUCAAUUCGACGGUCGAACUCGUGGUGCAAGAUACGAAUCUUUUGACGGUCGAGUCACACCCGUUUCAUCUACACGGUUACAACUUCUUCGUGUUAGGGAUGGGAAUCGGGAAUUUCGACCCGGUUAACGACCCAAAGAAGUACAACUUGGUCGACCCGCCAGAGAGGAAUACGGUCAGCGUGCCAACUGGUGGAUGGGCUGCCAUAAGAUUCAGGGCUGAUAAUCCAGGUGUGUGGUUUUUCCAUUGUCACUUGGAGGUUCAUACAGGGUGGGGAUUGAAGACAGCAUUUGUGGUGGAAAAUGGACCUGAUGAAGAACAUUCAGUUUUGCCUCCACCAAAAGAUCUUCCAGCUUGUUAGAGACUGACACAAAGUUUCAUGAUAAAACUAUCUCAAGAGAAAUUUGUUAAUUGGGUGAAGGACUUAAAGAGGGGAGGAGAAAAAACUGUAUACAACUUUUAACUGUGUGAUAAUAUUUCAUAUUUGUUUUCAAGAGAGUAAUCAAAAUUCAAACAAUGAUUUGUGUUUAUUGGAUUUGUUCCAAGUCUUCUGUAAGUGUAUUGAUAUUUGAUGAAAAAUGAAAUCUCAAUUUGUUUAAUUUUGAA